GUAAUCAUUAACCACAGCCCCGCCCCGCCAUCUUUCAACGGUUCGAAGUUCAUCUCAUCUCAACAGACUUUAUUUCCAGAAGAGAAAAUGUAUGUGCAGAGAAGCUAAAAGCUGGUAUCUGCUGGGCGGCGGGGAUCAGAUCAUAUAUGUGUGGAAAAAAUAAAGAAAGAAAAUGGCGACAUUGGCGGAUAUAGGGGUAUCGGCACUGAUAAACCUGGGAGUGGCCAUAGCCUGCCUGAUUGCUUUUGCUCUGCUAAGGAUUCAGCCGAUGAACAAAAAGGUGUACUUUCCCAAGUGGGAAAUUAACAGAAAGAGAGGCAAAGGCCCCAAGUAUAACAAGAAGGAGGGAAACUAUCUUAAGAGUUAUCUCACUUUCCUAAACUGGAUGCCCCAGGCCCUGCAGAUGAAGGAGGACGACCUCAUCCACCAUGCCGGCCUCGACUCCGCUGUCUUCUUGAGGAUUUAUACCCUUGGUUUAAAGAUAUUCGGGCCGACCGCAAUUGUGGUCGUGUUGUUUCUGAUCCCAGUGAAUGCCUCUGAUGCGACACUCUUCUUCCUGAGCAACGAUCUCGUUGUUAGCGAGAUUGACAAUUUCUCUAUAUCCAAUGUCACCCCUAAAUCUACCAAGUUUUUUGUGCACAUAGGAAUGCAGUAUUUGUUCACAUUUUGGACAUGUUUUUGGCUGUACAAAGAAUAUGGGAGAGUGGCAUCAAUGAGACUCAACUUUUUGUCCUCGCGACAGCAUCGUCCUGAACAGUUCACUGUACUUGUCCGGAACAUACCACUGGAUCCUCUAAAAUCGAUAUCUGAGAAACUAGAGGAGUUUUUUAUGAAGAAUUACCCAGAUCACUAUCUUCACCACAAGGUUGUUUAUGACGUCAAGAGCUUGGCGAAACCUGUUAAGAAACGACGCCGGCUUCAAGAUUGGGUGGAGUACUACCGUAUGGAUUUUCACCAGUAUGCAACAAGGAGGUCAGGCUUUCUUGGACUUUGGGGUAAAAGAGUUCCUUGCACUGAGUUUUAUGCAGAGAAAUGUAAAAAAAUGGACGAGAAAUUGGACGAGAUGCGUAGCAAGAUUAUGAAUGACCCAAAGUGUAUGACUCCAGCUGCAUUCGUCUCGUUCCGUUCACGAUGGGGGGCAGCUGUGUGUGCCCAGACACAGAACAGCAAGAAUCCUAUACAGUGGCAUACACGGUGGGCCCCUGAGCCCCGAGACAUAUGUUGGAAGAAUGUGCCACUGUCAUUUCUUUCUAUGAGUUUCCGGAGACUGUUGAUGACCAUACUAUUAUUUGCUUUGAUCUUCUUUUACAUGAUACCUAUUGCAUUCGUGCAAUCUCUGGCAAACCUGGAAGGUCUUGAAAAGGUCGCGCCUUUCCUAAGGCCGUUUAUUGAAUGGAAGGUGAUCAAGUCUUUCCUACAGGGUUUCGUUCCCGGCUUAACUCUUAAGAUCUUCUUGUUAGUUCUACCAGACAUUCUUUUGUUCAUGUCAAAAAUUGAGGGACAUGUGGCAUUAUCAGUGAUAGAAAGGACAGCAGCAGCAAAGUAUUAUUAUUUCAUUCUGAUCAAUAUAUUUUUUGGGAGUAUUAUUGCAGGAACAGCUUUCCAGCAACUCAAUGCAUUUCUUCACCAGUCUGCUUCCCAAAUACCAAGAAACGUUGGAGUAUCAAUACCCAUGAAAGCGACGUUCUUCAUAACAUACAUAAUGGUUGAUGGGUGGUCUGCCAUCGCUCUUGAGAUUCUUAGGCUGAAACCCUUUCUCGUUUAUCAUCUUCUGAAAAUGUUUGCGAAAACAGAAAAGGACAAGCGUAACGCAAUGUACCCUGGUGGUGUAAAUUUCUAUAGGACUCUCUCCACUCUGCAACUGUACUUUCUUCUGGGUAGUGUCUACGCUGUGGUCACUCCAAUUCUUCUUCCUUUCAUACUCGUCUUCUUUGCCUUCGCAUACCUUGUGUACCGUCACCAGGUUAUCAAUGUGUACGAUCAGCAAUACGAGAGUGCAGGUGCAUUUUGGCCACACGUUCAUGGUCGCAUAAUAGCAAGCUUGGUGCUUUCUCAACUUCUUCUUAUGGGUUUGCUUAGUACAAAAAAGGCUGCCAAAUCUACUCCUUUGCUCAUUCUGCUGCCAUUUCUGACAUUUGCAUUUCACAAAUAUUGCAAGAGCCGAUUUGAGCCCGCAUUCAGAACAUAUCCCCUCGAGGAAGCAAUGGAGAAGGACAAGCAAGACGGUGGGGCCAAUUCAAAAACGUUGAAUGAAGAUACAUAUCUGAACCCAAUUUUCUACCCAUUUGAAGAGGGGAGAUUGAGUGAGGUUUAAGUGUCAAGUUGGGGAACUUGGUGAUCUUCACUGUGAAUGUGAGCAUUGAGCAAUGUCAUAGCCUAUAUAUAUCUUACAUACCAUUGUUGAUCUUCGUUAGUAUAUAAUUAAUCUUUUCUGGGGAU